CAGCACAGCACAGCACAGCACAGCCCUCGUCCUCGUCGGGGGCGGCCAAUAAGCCCCGAGUGGCAGCUCCAUCUCCUCCCGAGCCGCAACUGAGCACUGGGCAGCCGUGGCAGGCGCUGCUUCUUGUGGUUGCACGCAUGAACUUGUGCUGGUCUGCAGGUUUGCACAGAGAAUUAACACAAAUAGACCCCACGCUUCCACUAACAUGACAUCUCUGCUUCUCCAGAGUCUCUUCUUUCCCGUGCCUUUGUCUGCCAAACAAUUGCGGCAUGAGCACGCCAUUCAUUCGUUAUUAUUCGACGGAAAGAGCUGUCAAUCGCCGGCUCAUCAUCCACUGAGAAAAUUUUACCACAACCACCUCCAUGGAGCAAGGACAGAUUCUCACUUCAUAAGCACUCAAGUGCCACAGACUUUACAGUCUUGAGUCAAGGUAUGGUAGCUACAGUGAAAGCAGGCGAGUAAUGCUCGUGCUUUAGUAGCGGAAAUCAACCAAAUCUCACUCAGCUGAAACAAGAGCACAGAAGCUUAUUACAAUCUAGUCGUCGUGGUUUAGUUAUUCCCUUGCUUGCCAUUUUUCCCUUCCAAAGUAAUGGCGCACAGUCUAAAAGUUCAAAGACGUCGAUAAGAUUUCUAAACCCCUAGUUCGGUAGAGGAGAGUCAUGGCGGAGGUGACUUUACGCUAAACUCGACACAAUAUGAUCUCCUCGUCUCUGUUUCUUUCUUUUUUUUCAGUGGCAAGUAAGCCAUGCUGUAAAUAAGCAGCCGCGUGUGUCCUCGUCGCUGAGCACUCUGACAUCCAAAGAUGCUGCAUCUAUUCAAAUC